AUGACUUUGGGUGAGAGAUUUGAGCAGGAAUGGGUCAAAGACCCGAACACCUCUAGCAUUCGCUCACGGGCCAUCAGCAGUCUGAUCCUUGGUUUUAUUGGAUGA